GGCCCUAGCUGGAAAGCCACCACACUGUGAUUCAUCACGGGACAAAAAUGGCGUUUUUGCUCUUCUUCUGUCACCGCCUUCACCUUCUUCUUCACUGACCAUCAUAUUCUUUCUCUUUCAAUCAUCAUCCUUAUCUUCACCAAUUACAGAGGGCACAUAUUUCCCUCUUCUUAUCAACGUAAGUGGGUUGAAAAGUUUUGAAUUUAGAUUUCAUUGGAUUUGGAAUAAUCGAUCACUCUUCGUUCUCUAUUCUUUGUCCUUUCUUGGUUGAUUUCUGUUUCUGUCGUUGAAUCUUGGAAAAAAGGUAGGGGUUUAAUUGGAUUUUAGUUUUUUUUUGUUUGAUUGGUUUAACUUAUUGCAUCUUUAUGGGGAAAAGAAAUCUGUAAUUGAGUUAUGACGCUUGGUGUUUUGUAAGGGGUGCUGUUAAUCGUGAGAAUUUGAGGAUGAGAAAUGGGAUUUGGAGGUCUUGUUUUGUUUGUGAAUGAUACAAGCGGAUGUGUUGUAGUAGCCCUAGGGUUUUGGAGGAAUCAUUAGUGGAAACUGAGGAUAGACAAGUUGAAAUGGACAGUCCUACAAUAUUAACAACCGCCCCCGGUUCAGCUACUAGUUUGAAUGAGGAUCAUCCUCGGUUGAAGUUUUUGUGUAGCUUCAAUGGUAGUAUAUUGCCUCGUCCACAAGAUGGAAAACUUAGGUAUGUAGGUGGAGAGACAAGGAUUGUGAGUGUUCCGAGGGAUAUUGGUUUCGAAGAACUGAUGGGGAAGAUGAAGGAGUUGUUUGAAGGGGCGAGUGUUUUGAAAUAUCAACAGCCUGACGAGGAUCUUGAUGCUCUUGUUUCUGUUGUAAAUGAUGAUGAUGUGACAAAUAUGAUGGAGGAGUAUGAAAAGCUGGGUUCAGGAGAUGGGUUUACUCGGCUUAGGAUAUUUUUAUUCUCUAGCAUCGAACAGGAUGAUUCGAUUCAUUUUGUAGACAGGGAUGAACGGGAUAAUGAAAGGAGAUAUGUUGAUGCUUUGAACAGUCAUAAUGACUCUCCUGAUUUUGGAAAGCAGCAGAUGGGUGAUGUCCAAGGACUAGCUCCUGUGGAUGACCUUCAGUUAAUAGAACAGUACUACAAUCAGUUAAAUCUGGACGGUAAUAUUCAUAACCACAGGAAUUUUGAGACGCCCAUGUCGCCAGUUAACUUGGGUCAUGUAAGAAUCCCUCACCAACAGUCUCUAAACCAAAGGUAUAAUGAGAUGGAGUCCCCAUGGAGUCCUGCAUACUACUCUCCAAGGCAUCAUGGCAGUGACUUCCCAAAUUCGCCUUCAUCUUCUCGUUACCAUACUCCUUAUGGUGAUCCAGCAGACAAAUGUUUUGAUAGAGUUCCUCCAGAUGAUUAUUUCAGGCAGCAGCAUGUCAGUCAUCAUCCCCAGUAUGAUCAGCAAUCUUUGUUACCAGAGAAUGUUGUAUGGUUACCACCAACACCUAUCUCAGGUGAGAAGGCUGGUUUUCCUGGUAACAUACUACACGGUUCCAGCAUGUUUGAAGGGAACAAUGUCAGUGAGCACCAUUGUUCUCCUCUUCUAAGAAAUGAAGCUCCAGACUUGAACAACAUAGGGAAUGGUUUUCAUGAGGUUGCUAAUCCUUCUGCUGAAUGCCCUCCUGGUAGGGAAACUUAUAUGUCAAACGUAGAAACGAAAUUUCCUCAUUCAUUCUAUGGCAGAGAGCAGAAUGAUCCUCGAUCUCUCUAUAAUGAGGCUCACCCUCAUGAAAGAGGAUGGAUGCUGCAUCAGUCAAACCCACGGGUCGAGGAACCUAGAUCACAUAACCCAGGAGGUGGAAGAUUUAGUGAUCACUAUGUUGUAGAUGGCAAUGGAAUGAAUAUCACUCUUGGGAACACUGCAUAUCCAGAUGGCAAUCAUGCGACCUCACAUUACGUCCAUCAUGAGGACCGCCCACGCUAUAUUCGUCAACGGCCUGAGUUCUGCAAUGAGAUCUUUCAUGAUCAAGCAAUGGCUACCGGUUCUCAUGUCCACACUCCACACGAGGAGCGUGGAGCUUGGCAUGGAAAUUUUCCUAAUACGUAUGGGGCUGAGAAUCUUUACCAUGCAUCAUCACAUGGGCAUGUGCCUGUAAAUGCUUUCUGGAGAAACGGUCAAAGUCCAAUGCAUGGACAUCCUUCUUAUGAAGCAUCAGGUGCACCACAACAAGAAAAUGGUACAUGUAACCUAGGUUAUGUCAGGACUACAAUGGAAUCUAUCCCCAGGCUUCCAGUCGGGGUGGAGAAUCCGAAUCCUUUAGUUGAUUCCUCUCCUAAAGUGACAGGAUAUGAUGGGGGUGUUCCUGAUAAUUCUUAUGGCCAUGCUUUAAAAGUGACGCCAAAUGCUUCCAAUCUAGAGUAUCAGCAUCACAUACCAACUGAACCCAUCCAAUUGACGCCUGCACCUGUGCAAUUGACGCCUGAACCCGUGCAAUUGAUGCCUGAACCCGUGCAAUUGAUGCCUGAACCAAUGCAAUUGACGCCUGAACCCGUGCAAUUAACGCCUGCAUCCAUGCAAUUAACGCCACCUGUGCAACUUACUCCUGACCCCGUCCGAUUUACUCUUGAACCCAUCCAAUUUACUUCUGAUUUGCCAAGCUGCCCAAUUCCUAUAAAUAAAGUGACAAGGUCUGAUCCACCGCCAACUUUGGUUGAUGAUUUACUGCUUUCUGUGAACACGUUGAAUACAGAAGCAAACAAUAAUUCCAGUAAUAAAAAAUCUGUCUGUAAGUUGGAGAGGGAUGGUUUUGGAAGGGAAAAGUUGAAUCGUGAUGUAAAUGUUGAGAAAUCAGCCAAGUUGUCUGUCUCAGGCAGAGAACAGAAGAAUAACCCAAUUUCCAUGGUGGCCCAUGGGUUUAAUAGAUCAAAUUGCUUACCUGCCAAGCAAAUUAUUGGAGCUGAAAACUCUCAUGAAAACAAUGGUCCUGCUCUUAGAAAAGAAGAACUUGGGGAGCCUUUUGAGUCUGUAAAGAAAGCAGAAUUAGAAGGUACUGAAGAGGUGAAAGCUGAAGCUGAAGAAGAUGCUGCUUCUGCUGUUGUGAAUGAUGUUAAGGUCAAAGAAGAAACUGUGCAGGAAUCAGACGCUGUGGAUGCACCUGCAGAUUUGGAGUUGGAUUCUGACAGUGACACCCAAACCAUUACAAAGAUCGAACCGACAAAGGCUGAGGAAGAAGCCAUUGCUAGGGGCUUGCAGACUAUAAAGAACGAUGAUUUGGAGGAAAUACGGGAGUUAGGAUCUGGUACUUAUGGAGCUGUCUAUCAUGGGAAAUGGAAGGGUUCAGAUGUAGCAAUCAAAAGAAUUAAAGCCAGUUGUUUUGCUGGGAGGCCAUCUGAAAGAGAACGUUUGAUUGCAGAUUUUUGGAAGGAGGCGCUGAUUUUAAGUUCAUUGCACCACCCAAAUGUCGUCUCUUUCUAUGGUAUAGUUCGUGAUGGACCAGAUGGCUCUUUGGCAACUGUGACAGAGUUCAUGGUUAACGGAUCUCUGAAGCAGUUCUUACAGAAAAAAGACAGAACUAUUGAUCGCCGUAAGAGACUUAUCAUAGCUAUGGAUGCUUCUUUUGGAAUGGAAUAUUUGCAUGGAAAAAAUAUCGUGCAUUUUGAUCUAAAAUGUGAAAAUCUACUUGUGAAUAUGAGAGAUCCACACCGACCAAUUUGCAAGAUUGGGGAUCUUGGCUUAUCGAAGGUAAAACAACACACUUUGGUGUCUGGAGGUGUGCGAGGAACACUGCCCUGGAUGGCACCUGAGCUGCUUAGUGGCAAAAGUCACAUGGUAACGGAAAAGAUUGAUGUCUACUCAUUCGGGAUUGUUAUGUGGGAAUUGCUUACUGGAGAUGAACCUUAUGGAGAUAUGCAUUGUGCUUCCAUAAUUGGGGGAAUCGUGAACAACUCAUUACGUCCAACGAUCCCAACAUGGUGUGAUCCUGAAUGGAAGGCCUUAAUGGGAAGGUGUUGGUCUGCCGAUCCAGCAGAAAGACCAUCCUUUUCAGAAAUUUCUCAGAAGUUGAGAACUAUGGCUGCAGCCAUCAACGUAAAAUGAUAUGGACAAGCCGUUUUGGACCAUUACCAUCACCACUCUUUAUAGAGAGAAUGCGGUAUCCGAAACUACACAAUUAGAAAAUCAGGUAUCAAAAUCGUCGUCAUCAUGGGAAUGGAAGAGACUCGACUUGAAAGUGGUUGCAGGCCUUUUGGAUGGCUAUCUUUGUGCUAAUAACGUCAUUGAAGCCAAAGGAAUGCAUAUCUGUAUAUAGCAACUUGAAAGUCGCAAGUAUUAUUAUUGUCUUUCGUUUUAGCAGGCAAUAAUAUAUAUUUAGCAUGCAUCUCCUUGUAAAACAUAGAUGAAUGAUCAUUUUUGAUCUUUUAAACUGUACAAACAGACGCACGGUUUUUGUGCACCGAGGAAAAACCUGCAUGAGAAAUUGCAUUUUACGUUUAAAGACGGGUAACGUCUUGCAUGACCUGCAAUUUAUGC